AUGCUUUGUUUAACACUCUUUGCGGUAGCGCUACCUGGCAUGGUGGAAGCCGACAACACGCCUAUUCCAUACCAAAUCUCCGUCGACUCAAAGCUGAUUGAGCAGGCCGCUACAAAGGCUGAGUUUUAUAGGCCGCCUCUAGGCUUGGAAGAUGGCACCAGCGAUACCUGGAGAGAAGGUCCACCAGCUGACAACAUGACGGCCCUUGCACACUAUUUGGCGAAUGAAUACGACUGGCUCAAAUCUGAGAGACCUGAUGCGAUCCCCCUCUUGAUGCUCCAUGGGUGGCCAUCUACACACACCGAUUGGAAUGAGAUCCUGAAGCCCCUCACGUCGCCCGAGGACGCAGACACGCCCGCUUUUCAUGUUGUGGCUCCCGACAUGCCCGGUUUCGGCUUUAGCCCUGCGCCAACACACGGAGGAUUUGGUCCCCGUCAAGCCGGUGCCGCCUUUGCCAAUCUGAUGAAGACUUUGGGAUACGACAAGUACGGAGUCAUCUCCACCGAUGCCGGCUGGUGGGUUGCCAUGUUUAUGGCAUACGACGAAAAGGAAAACCUCGUCGGCCACUUUACCGACUUCUAUUUCGCUCAGCCCACUGCGGCCGACACUGAGCGCUUCAGUAACAACCAAACUGAUCAAACCGAGUCAGAGUACAUUGCCGGGGUUCUGGCGUUCAGUAGUGGAUUCAACGCGUACAUGACGAUCCAAAGCCAGGGCCCUCUGAAACUUAGCCAAGCUCUCAAUGACAGCCCCGUCGGAUAUGCGGGGUGGAUCUGGCAUCUGAUUCACGUCUUGAGCGACGGGUAUCCUUUCACCCUGAAGCAAGUUGUGACGAGAACGCUUUUGGAAUGGAUACCUGGUGCCUAUGGGAAUGUCAGGACUUACUUGGAAUGGCUCAAGCCUGAGAGUAUGAACUUUCCCCAGUCAGAUGUGCCGACAGGCGUGGCUCAGUGGGGUAACGUGAAUGGCCCGUUUGCGGAACUUGCCAAAGUUCCCUUGGCGCCCACAAGUUGGAUAGAAAGACUCGGUAACUUGACUUUCAUUGUUACCCGCGGCUUUGGCGGCCACUUCCCUGCUGAUCACUACCCGGAGCUCUAUGUAAGGAUGUGCAACAGUUCUUGGGCCAGUUAA